AUGUUACAGGACCAUCGACAGUUGGACAUCAGUCUCAUCUACAAGGUCAUCUUGCCGUUGAUACAGUCCAACCCAUCCGUCAGCAUCCCUGUCCUGCAAGGUGCAGUUCGACAGAGCUAUCACUUCAAACCCUCCUACAGAAAGGUGUGGAUGGCGAAGCAAAAGGCAAUUGCUCAGAUAUACAGUGAUUGGAAGGAGUCAUACAACAAGGUGCCGAAACUACUUCAGUUGUUGCAGAGUUGUUUCCCGGGAACCAUUUGUGAGCUAAGAUUCGUGCUAUACUACGACGGACACCUUCUAGUCCACGACUGUAUGGCACAAGAUGGCAACAACAAUAUCCUGCCUAUUGCUUUUGCCAUUGUAGAGUCCGAGAGUACGGAGUCAUGGUCAUUCUUUCUUACUAAUUUGGGACGACAUGUCACCCCACAGGAAGGCCUGUUGGUUAUUUCUGAUAGAUCACAGGCUAUCAAGAUUGCACUCAGCACCGAUGAAAGUGGUUGGCAACCUCCUAAGGUGUUCUACGCUUACUGUAUUAGACAGAUGGCCGUAAACUUCAUGACUCAUUUGAAGUCAGUCGAGGGCAAGCGAUACCUUAUAAACGCCACUUAUAGUCCAAGCAUGGAUGGGUACGAGUGGUACAUGGAUACCUUGAAAGGUUUGUCGCUGGGAAUCGUAGAUUGGACUGGUUGUUUCAACAAGGAGAUAUGGCUGCAACACUGCGACAGUGAUUAA